AUGGAUCAGGACAAAUACUUGCCAGAGCUGAUGGCCGAAAAAGAUAGCUUGGACCCCUCGUUCGUUCAUGCUAUGCGCCUCUUGGCUGAAGAAAUUGAGAAGUAUGAAGGGGAUGAACAGAGAAAAAACGGAGAAGUGAAGAAAUACCUUGAUGUCAUAAGUAAUAAAAACAUAAAGCUAUCAGAGAGAGUGCUCAUCCCGGUUCAGCAGUACCCUAAGUUUAAUUUUGUUGGGAAGCUGCUGGGACCCAGGGGCAAUUCCAUGAAAAGAUUACAGGAAGAAACAGGAGCAAAGAUGUCCAUCCUUGGAAAAGGCUCCAUGAGAGAUAAAGGAAAGGAAGAAGAGUUGAGGAAAAGUGGAGAAGCAAAGUAUGCCCAUUUAAGCAAUGAUCUCCAUGUUUUAAUUGAAGUCUUUGCUCCACCUGGAGAGGCCUAUUCCCGUAUGAGCCAUGCCUUGGAGGAGAUUAAAAAAUUCCUAGUUCCCGACUAUAAUGACGAGAUCCGACAGGAGCAACUGCGCGAACUCUCCUACUUGAACGGGUCAGAUGAUGCAAGCAGAGGGAGGACUGUACGGGGGCGGGGCUUACGUCUGCCGUCAACGACGACCACACGGGCACGAGGAGGCGCGGCCCCACCUCCUCCGCCGGGCCGUGGAGCAGCUGCGCCCCGUGGCUCUGUGGGCACGCGCACCUCCCUCCCAGCAAUUACAUUAACCAGAGGGGUUUCGGCACCAAGAGGGAGGGGAGCUGCAGGAAGCACAGCAUACAGACUCCCAUUACUACAGGUCACACACGAGUCAUACGACGACUAUGGAUAUGAUGAUGGAUAUGAUGGGGAGUAUGAUGACCAGAGUUAUGAUACGUAUGAGGACAGCUACACUAACCAGUCUAAAAGUGUUUCUGAAUACUAUGAAUAUGGCCAUGGAACCAGUGAAGACGCCUACAAUAAUUACGGAGAAGAAGAAUGGACCUCCUCCCGACCCAGCCUCAAAGCCCCAACAGCAAGGCUCUCACGGGGGGGCUACAGAAAACAUCCCUAUGGUAGAUAUUAA